AUGGAUGGAACUGCGGCUGGUGUCAGUUGGUUGUAUAUCUUCCUCAUGACCAUCGCAUCAUACUUCCCUUCGCGUAUCUUCCGAUCCGUCUCGCUGACAAGACAUGCACUGACGCAAGAGUUCAAAGAAUCGCGGCCAACGCUAGUUAUCAUGGACAAAAUAUCAGCGAGCGUGUUUGACUCAAUAUUCAAGGGCGAGGCGCUUGCUGCAAAAUGUAAAACCAUACCACGUAUUGUUCUCUUCCACGAAGGGGUCAAAUUCCGACCACAAUUCAUCAUCGAUGCAUGCCAAAGCUCUUGCCAACUAUUUAGACUUGGUUCCCUAUGUACGGUAGAUUUCUUUGCUGUAAAAAUAUACUUACUUUUGGCACUAUUUGCAUUGCGUGUUAUGCUUUUCUUCACACCAAGGAAAACAUUGGACAGUAUGUUUGGAGUUCCCAGUCAUUUCCUUACGGAAACUGUUGUUUACUGCACAAGACCUCAAUUCGUUCUCGGAAAUGGUUCGCUGACUUGCCCAACACGCGAUGCACAGUACAUUGGACCCCUGUUUGAAUCGCCCCCCGCCCUGGAUGGUGAGAUGAAAACUUGGUUGGAAAAUGUCAAAGCGCCCAUUGUAUUCGUAUCGCUCAACUCAAUCUGCCACGAAAACAGUCAUCUGCCCGCUGUGUUGCAGGCCCUUGCCCAGUCAGAGUACAUCUCCUUAGUCGAAGUUACCGACCAAGAAUACUGGUGUCGGCAAGGAUACGAUUCCAUUCGUUUCGUGUCUUCAAAAGAUCGGCAUCACAAGUAUGCCUAUCUCCCGUUCGCUUCUGUCUUCAUCACUCAAGGUAUCCUAAGCGAGUUGUGGACCACAAACGCUUGCAGUACGAUGUUCGAACGAUUUUUGACUCUGAGUUUGGUAUGUUGCGAGUCUCGAGGGGAGAUUAUGAGAGUACUUCGCAGUAGGAACUCGGGGUCGGACGUCCCGAAACUUCAGUCCAUGCCCUGGGGGAAUCCGCAGAAACUAAGAUCCCUCAUCUCCGUCCCCUCAGCGCCGCGGGAGCGCCCGUACGAGCGUCUUCGGCCCCUGCUUCGCCUCGCACGACAUGGAGUAAUUUUUUAG